AAAGAGAUUGGGUUCUUUUUAUUCAAAUGCAACUAUGUCACAGUACUUUGAGAGAUUAUUUAAAACGUAGAGAUGCUAAUUUAUUGGCUUCGAAAAAUGAUCCUUUGAGUUCUGUUGAUCGUCAUGCUAGUAUUGAAUUGUUUCGUGGAAUAGUUCGUGGUGUUGCUUAUAUUCAUGAACAAGGUUUAAUUCAUAGAGAUCUUAAACCCGGAAAUAUUUUCAUUGGCAUGAUUCCUGAUACGAAUCACGAUGAUGAUAUUUGGGUUGCUACUGAUAAUACUUCUUUCAAUGUUGAACGUUUGGUUCCAAAAAUUGGUGAUUUUGGUUUGGUUACUGCUGUGGGUGAUGAUGCUACUGAUUCUUCCAUGAAUAAUUCUAUCAAGUCUGAUUCUUCUUGUGUUAAAAGUUUCAAUUCUAAUAAUCGAACACUCAGUCAUCACAAAUCAAAUUCUUCUUUAUGUUCAAGAUCAAGAACCACUGGUGUUGGUACAGUCACGUAUGCUUCCCCCGAGCAACUUGCAAAACCUGCCAUACCUUAUAAUGAAAAAGCCGAUAUAUAUUCGUUAGGCAUAAUUUUCUUUGAACUUCAUUUCCCUUUUUCCACUGGGCAUGAACGUGUUCAGGUUCUAAAAGAUUUAAGACAUGGAAUAUUACCAAAUGGUUUUGUCCAACGAUUUCCAAAAGAGGGCGAACAUGCAGAAUUACAACAUAGACUAGUUGAAAACACACAAAUAAUAGAUCUUAUUACUAAAGAAAAUGAAAUGUUAAAGAAAAAAGUUGAAGAAUUAGAAGGAUUAUUGAAGAAUUGUCAAU